AUGGCAGUUUCUGGAACUACUGAAACGUAUAUCAAUUACGAGGAUUAUAUAUUAUACAAAGUUCAAUUCUUCAUUAGAUCUGGAAAAUCACUUAGUACAGAGGAUAUUGAGAAUUUCAUGAAAUCCCUAAAAGAUAUAGGAUAUAUAUAUGAAUCUAUUAAAUCUAAUUUUAUAAUCAUAAAUGAAUAUUUUAAGGUUAUUAAAAAUAAAUAUUCAAGUAUGUACAACAAUAAAUUUUGCGAUUAUAUGAACUAUUGGCUAAAAGGACAAGAUAAAAUAUACUAUACUACUAAUUCUCAUCCGAUAUCUACGUAUUUAAUAAGGUAUAUUAAGGAACAUACUUCUCUAGCAAAAGAAAUAGGAUGUAAAUUCGAAAUAGGAGAUGCUUAUAAUAAGGAAUAUGAAAAAAAAGUAAAAUUGUAUGAAAUAUAUGAUAAUUAUUCGAGUUUAGUCAAUUUUAUCGAACUUGGCAUGAGUGAUUAUUUAUGUACUUAUGUUAAAAAUAUAAUUAAACUAUAUAAUGAAAUCUUAAGUAUCAUUAAAGGAAACCCAGAUGGGGAUUUGCUUAAUGAAUUAAAUAAUAUUAGAUGUAUGAUUGAAAAAAAUAAUUUGAAAUUAAAGGUCAAAUGCAACAACGAGUUUCAAGAGUUAUCAGAAAUAAUUAGUUCUGUGAAUUAUGAAAAAAAAUGCAUUAUUUCUAUAUUAUAUUUAAAUAAGAAAUUAUAUCAUAAAAUAAUUAUUCUGAAAAAUUUAUUAAAAUAUAUUUUUAU